GCGGGCGCGGCCGUCGGGGUGGCCAUGGUGCUGCUGCUGCUGGUGGCCAUUCCGCUGCUGGUGCAUAGCUCCCGCGGUCCGGCGCACUAUGAGAUGCUGGGUCGCUGCCGCAUGGUGUGCGACCCACACGGGCCCCAAGGCCCUGGACCCGACGGUGCGCCCGCCUCCGUGCCCCCCUUCCCUCCGGGGGCCAAGGGAGAGGUGGGCAGGCGCGGGAAGGCAGGUCUGCGAGGACCACCGGGACCCCCAGGUCCCAGAGGGCCUCCAGGAGAGCCGGGCAGGCCAGGUCCGCCAGGUCCUCCUGGCCCAGGCCCUGGCGGAGUGGCGCCCCCUGCCGGCUACGUGCCUCGCAUUGCCUUCUACGCGGGUCUGCGGCGGCCACACGAAGGUUAUGAGGUGCUGCGCUUCGACGACGUGGUGACCAAUGUGGGAAACGCUUACGAGGCGGCCAGCGGCAAGUUCACCUGCCCCAUGCCAGGUGUCUACUUCUUCGCUUACCAUGUGCUCAUGCGCGGCGGUGACGGCACCAGCAUGUGGGCCGACCUAAUGAAGAAUGGACAGGUCCGGGCCAGCGCCAUUGCUCAGGACGCGGACCAGAACUACGACUACGCCAGCAACAGCGUCAUCCUGCACCUGGAUGUGGGCGAUGAAGUCUUCAUCAAGCUGGACGGCGGGAAGGUGCACGGCGGUAACACCAACAAGUACAGCACCUUCUCUGGCUUCAUCAUCUACCCGGACUGAGCAGGGCCCUUCCCCCGUGCCCCUGCUCGCCCUUCGCCUCCGCUCCCCUCUUCACCCACCUGCAGCCGGCCCCACCCAAGGCGCCACCCAAUCCUUCCAGAGCCUGGAGGUGGGGCGGACCCUCCUGCUCCCGGAGGCGGCCUUGCUGGGCGGACUCUGGGCGCUCCGGGGUCUAAGUGGCCAGGGAGAGGAGGAAGCCGGGCUGAGGAGGAACCGAGCGGCUCGGGAAGGGACCGCCGGCUUCAGAGUGCGCGCCUGUGAAAGCCGACCCGAGGGGGCCGGAGGUCGGGCCCUCUCUUCUGCUAGGAGCUGGGGACCAGCUUCACCACCGGAAGCUGCCAGCAGAAUGGUGGCGGUGCGCGCGCGUUUGGUGGUGGUGGCGGUGUGUGUGCGGGGAUGGAGAGCAGAAACAGGAGCCCAUCUAGGUGGGAGGACGGGAAACGUCUGGAGGGGGUCAGGCUCCUCCUCUGUCACCACAACUUUCUCUCACCAUUCUCUCCUUCCCUCAUCCCCAUUUUCAGGCUCCAGGCACCGCCUUGGCAGCCUUCCUAUAAACUGAAAGAACAAGUGAAUUCUUUCUUAGCAUUUAAAACUCAUUCUGUACAGCCCCCAUUUCACCCCCAUUCCGCCUAGGCCCUGGGGCUACAGCUGCUGUUGCCUCUCCCAAUAAAGCGAAGUUGGAGAAUG